AUGAUCAAACUCGAAAACAACGACAUCUACACCAACUACCUAGCCUGCUCCAUUACCGACACAUCCAACAUCACAUCCAACAUCUACACCAACUACCCAGCCUGCGCCAUUACCGACACGUCCAACAUCACACCCAACAUCUACACCAACUACACAGCCUGCGUCCUUUCCAACACGUCCAACAUCACACCCAAUAUCUACACCAACUACCCAGCCUGCGCCACUACCAAUACGUCCAACAACACACCCAACAUCUACACCAACUACCCAGCCUGCGCCACUACCAAUACGUCCAACAACACACCCAACAUCUACACCAACUACACAGCCUGCGCCACUACCAACACGUCCACCAUCACACCCAACAUCUACACCAACUACCUAGCCUGCGCCAUUACCAACACGUCCAACAUCACACCAAACAUCUACACCAACUACCCAGCCUGCGUCACUACCAACACGUCCAACAUCACACCCAACAUCUACACGAACUACCUAGCCUGCGCCAUUACCAACACGUCCAACAUCACACCCAACAUCUACACCAAUUACACAGCCUGCGCCAUUACCGACACGUCCAACAUCACACCCAACAUCUACACCAACUACCCAGCCUGCGUCACUACCAACACGUCCAACAUCACACCAAACAUCUACACCAACUACCCAGCCUGCGCCAUUACCGACACGUCCAACAUCACACCCAACAUCUACACGAACUACCCAGCCUGCGUCACUACCAACACGUCCAACAUCACACCAAACAUCUACACCAACUACCCAGCUUGCGCCAUUACCGACACCCUGCGUAACUACCAACACGUCCAAAACACACCCAACAUCUACACCAACUACCCAGCCUGCGGCACUACCAACACGUCCAACAUCAUACCCAACAUCUACACCAACUAUCGAGCCUGCUCCAAUACCGACACGUCCAACAUCACACCCACCAUCUACACCAACUACCCAGCCUGCGUCACUACCAACACGUCAAACAUCACACCCAGCAUCUUCACCAACUACCCAGCCUGCGCCACUACCAACACGUCCAACAUCAUACCGUACAUCUACACGAACUACCCAGCCUGCGCCAUUACCGACACGUCUAACAUCACACCAAACAUCUACACCAACUACCCAGCCUGCGCCAUUACCAACACGUCCAACAUCACACCCAACAUCUACACCAACUACCCAGCCUGCGUCACUACCAACACGUCCAACAUCACACCCAACAUCUACACCAAUUACGCAGCCUGCGCCAUUACCGACACGUCCAACAUCACACCCAACAUCUGCACGAACUACCCAGCCUGCGUCACUACCAACACGUCCAGCAUCACACCCAACAUCUACACCAAUUACGCAGCCUGCGCCAUUACCGACACGUCCAACAUCACACCCUACAUCUACACCAACUACCCAGCCUGCGCCAUUACCGACACGUCUAACAUCACACCAAACAUCUACACCAACUACCCAGCCUGCGCCAUUACCGACACGUCUAACAUCACACCAAACAUCUACACCAACUACCCAGCCUGCGCCAUUACCAACACGUCCAACAUCACACCAAACAUCUACACCAACUGCCCAGCCUGCGCCAUUACCGACACGUCCAACAUCACACCCAACAUCUACACCAACUACCCAGCCUGCGCCAUUACUAACACGUCCAACAUCACAACAAACAGUCACGUCUCCGACAUCUAUAUUUACACCACUUACACCUGUACCAAAACCAUCUCCUGGUAA